UCUGUUACGCAUGUAGACAGCGCAGAAGCCCCGAGGUAACUGCAUGGAUGCUUGCUAUCAAGAAACAAGUAGACUACAUUUAUUUGGCUUAAUUACAGCGCAGAGAUUAUUUUAUAUGUCUGUCAAGCGUGGAACAUGUUAGUGAAUAUGAAGUAGAGUUUUGUCCUUUUGUCCAAAAAUCCAGAAAUAAACUACCGGUUACAUUUUGUUUGCUGCAUCCCUCCAACGAAAGCUAAUCUAGUAACACUAGUUAGACACUCGUAGAGAACCGACUUUCUAAUUUAGGGAAAAACAAACUGUACCUCUAAAAGGAUGAAUAAACGCGAAGGUGAGGGCUGGUCACGGAGAAAUGCUGAAGCUGCACAGGAGCGUGAAGCGCAUGCCAAUUCGUCCUCGCCAGUCAUCGCUGCGUUUAAAGUUUUCCAGCAGGAGCUCGACACCAGACACGACAAAUAUGAGCGCCUUGUUAAGAUCAGUCGAGACAUCACCAUCGAAAGCAAGAGGAGCAUUUUCCUUCUGCACAGAGUGACCAACGUUCCGGAUGCUGAGGGAGUUUUGAAUGAGGCCGAGAGCAAACUGGAUGGAGUCAGGCAGAAGAUUGGGCAAAUUGCUGAGGAGCUCAGAGGAGAGGAUAUUUAUCAGUUUCACAGAGCUUUCACUCCAGGAAUUCAGGAGUAUGUGGAGGCUAUCACCUUUCUGCACUACAUCCGUCAUCGCAGCCUUAUCAGCCUGGAGGAGAUAAACGCGAGGCUUGUCUUCAUGAAAACCGACAACGCAGAUCCAAAAGGCUCGGUGGAAGCCCCGCCUUCGUCAGCUCACGUCCUGACCUUCCAGGUGACGCCGGCCGACUACCUGCUGGGCGUGGCCGACCUGACGGGAGAGCUGAUGCGGCUGUGCAUCGGCAGCGUGGGCAACGGCGACAUCGACACGCCCUUCCAGCUGAGCCAGUUCCUGCGGCAGAUUCAUGACGGCUUCUCCUACAUCGGGAACACGGGGCCUUACGAGGUCUCCAAGAAGCUGCACACUCUCCGGCAGAGCCUGGGCAAAGUGGAGGAUGCCUGCUACACCCUGCGUGUCCGCGGCUCGGAGAUCCCCAAGCACAUGCUGGCGGAUGUGUUCUGCACCAGGACCACCCACAUGGAUACAGAGGAAGGAAUGGUUUAGCUAAACACUCUUCAUCACCUUUGGUGUUUCUAUGUUUGGUAUAUUGUGUUGCAUUUUUAAUUUUUAAUGCGGUGAGAGAACCAUUCUUUUAGCCUGCUUGUUAAUGUAGCAUAAACAUUUUUAGAGUAGAAAAUAUGUUGUUUUCUUUGUUGAAAUUUUGAAUAUUCUGCUAUUUUGCAUGAAUAAAAGUUCUGUUGUGCUCUCCUUCA